UCCAUCUCUCUCUCUCUCUAGUCAAUAAGAACGCCAACACAGAGCCCCUGCCCAAGAAGGAGGACAAGGACGAUGAUGAGGAUGAGAAAGGUGGUGAUGGUGGACCCAAGCCCAUGCCCCCCUUCAGUUCCAUGUUCAUCAUGUCCACUACCAACCCGUUCCGCCGCCUAUGUCACUACGUGUGCACGUUGCGCUACUUUGAGAUGUGCAUCCUACUCGUCAUCGCCAUGAGCAGCAUCGCCCUGGCCGCCGAAGACCCCGUCUGGCCCGAGUCCCCUCGCAACAAUGUGCUGCGCUACUUCGACUACGUCUUCACGGGAGUCUUCACUUUUGAGAUGUUAAUUAAGAUGGUGGACCUUGGGUUGGUCUUGCAUCAAGGUUCCUACUUCCGUGACUUGUGGAACAUCCUGGACUUUAUAGUGGUUAGUGGUGCUCUGGUGGCCUUCGCCUUCACGGGGAGCAGUGCGGGAAAGGACAUCAGCACGAUCAAGUCGCUCCGGGUGCUAAGAGUUCUUCGACCUCUGAAGACCAUCAAACGACUCCCCAAACUCAAGGCUGUUUUUGACUGUGUGGUGAACUCCCUGAAGAACGUGCUGAACAUCCUCAUCGUCUACAUGCUCUUCAUGUUCAUCUUUGCCGUGGUUGCCGUGCAGCUCUUCAAAGGACGAUUCUUCUUCUGCACGGACGAGUCCAAAGAGUUUGAGCGCGAUUGCAGGGGCGAAUAUCUGGUGUAUGAACCCAAUAACGAAGUGAAGGCGCAGAAGCGGGAGUGGAAGAAGUACGAUUUCCACUACGACAACGUGGCUUGGGCCCUACUCACCCUCUUCACCGUGUCUACCGGAGAGGGGUGGCCGCAGGUGCUGAAACAUUCAGUGGAUGCGACUUAUGAGAACCAGGGCCCGAGCCCGGGGUACCGGAUGGAGAUGUCCAUCUUCUACGUGGUGUACUUCGUGGUCUUCCCCUUCUUCUUCGUCAACAUCUUCGUGGCUCUCAUCAUCAUCACCUUCCAAGAACAGGGAGACAAGAUGAUGGAGGACUACAGCCUAGAAAAGAAUGAGAGAGCCUGUAUAGACUUUGCCAUCAACGCCAGGCCCCUGACGCGACACAUGCCCCAAAACAAGCAAAGCUUCCAGUACCGCAUGUGGGAGUUUGUGGUGUCGCCGCCAUUUGAGUAUACUAUCAUGGCGAUGAUCGCGCUCAACACCGUCGUACUCAUGAUGAAGUAUGACGGUGCGUCAGUCACCUAUGAAGCGGUGCUGGCCAACCUCAACAUUGUAUUCACUUCUCUAUUCUCCAUGGAGUGUGUCCUCAAAAUCAUCGCCUUUGGAGUGUUGAAUUAUUUCAAAGAUGCCUGGAACAUUUUUGACUGUGUGACAGUAGUUGGCAGCAUCACUGACAUUCUGGUUACCGAGCUUGGGAACAACUUCAUCAACCUGAGCUUCCUGAGGCUGUUCCGUGCAGCCCGCCUCAUCAAGCUGCUGCGGCAGGGAGAGACCAUCCGCAUCCUGCUCUGGACCUUUGUCCAGUCCUUCAAGGCCUUACCGUACGUCUGCCUGCUCAUAGCCAUGCUGUUCUUCAUCUACGCCAUCAUAGGGAUGCAGCUCUUUGGGAAUAUUGGGAUUGAAGAAGAAAGUGAAAGUGCCAUCAACCAACACAACAACUUCAGGACCUUCUUUCUGGCCCUCAUACUCCUCUUCAGGAGCGCGACGGGUGAAGCAUGGCAUGAGAUCAUGCUGGCCUGUCUGGGGGGCAAAGCAUGUGACCCCCUAUCUGAAAACAAGGAAUCGGGCUCCUUGUGUGGGAGCCAGUUCGCCUAUUUGUAUUUUGUCUCCUUCAUCUUCUUCUGCUCCUUCCUGAUGUUGAACCUGUUUGUGGCCGUCAUCAUGGACAACUUUGAGUACCUGACCAGAGACUCGUCCAUCCUGGGCCCUCAUCACCUGGACGAGUACGUCAGGAUAUGGGCAGAGUACGACCCAGCAGCCUGCGGGAGGAUUCAUUAUAAGGACAUGUACAGUUUAUUACGAGUAAUCGACCCGCCCCUCGGCUUAGGCAAGAAGUGCCCCCAUAGGGUGGCCUGCAAGAGACUGCUGAGGAUGGACCUGCCCGUUGCCGACGACAACACGGUGCACUUCAACUCCACCCUCAUGGCACUGAUACGCACGGCGCUGGACAUCAAGAUAGCCAAGGGUGCUGAAGGCGGCGUGGACAAGCACCAGAUGGACGCUGAGCUGAGGAAGGAGAUGAUAGCGAUCUGGCCCAACCUCUCCCAGAAGACCCUGGACCUGUUGGUUACACCGCACAAGUCCACAGACCUGACGGUGGGGAAGAUCUAUGCUGCCAUGAUGAUCAUGGAGUAUUACCGCCAGAGCAAGAUCAAGCGCUCUCAGGCGUUAAGGGAUGAGCAGCCCGUGGAGGCGCCCACCCCCACACAAGACGGGGGGCCGGGACUCGCCGCUCUAUCGCCAUCACAGACAACUGACCAGCCAAUCGGCAGCCUAGCUGUUGAAGGGGGGAUCCCAGAGAGCCAGUCCUGGGUGACUGCGCGAGCCCAGGAGAUGUCCCAGAAAGUGGGGAGCUGGAGCCCCGAAGGCCACCCUGGUGUACACUCCCAAGAUGGCCUGGGACGCAUGACCAACUCACAGACGGUAGAGAUGAGAGAGAUUGGGCGGGAUGGUUACUCGGAUACCGAGCACUUUCCACCAAUGGAAGGUCACGGAAGAGCUGCUUCCAUGCCCCGCCUACCUGGCGACAACCAACAGCGGAGGAAAGGGAGACACCGUGGCAGUAACCUCAGUACAAUCCCUGACAACAGCCCCAUGAAGCGUUCAGCCUCGUCCCUCGGCCACAGCCGGUUGGGACGGCCCCACCGGGGGGACCGCGGGGGGCCCGAGGACUACGCCAUGGAGCACGCCAUCCCGGAGGAGGGUUGUGUCACACGCCACACCCACCGCCGCAAGGAACGCAACCACCACGCCUCACAGAGAUCCCUGUGUCGCUACACAGAGGCGGACACAGGCCACACGGAGCUAAGCACCACCACCAAGUCCGGGGAGCUGCCCCUCAGAGACAAGGAGCGCGACAGGGACAGGGACCGCGGACGCUCCAAAGACCGCAAGCAUCACCACCACCAUCACCACCACCAUCACCAGGGCUCGGUGGACAAGGAGCACUACGCACCAUCCGAGCGGCCGGGCGAGUACGGGCACCGACACUCCCGGGAGAGGGAGACCGACCGGGACCGGGAGAGAGAGAGGGAGAGAGAGACCGACCACGACCGGGAGAGAGACCACGAUCGUGACCGCGACCGGGAGAGAGAGGCCGACCACGACCGGGAGAGAGAGCCCGACCACGACCGGGAGAGAGAGCCCGACCACGACCGGGAGAGAGAGCCCGACCACGACCGGGAGAGAGACCACGACCGCGACCGGGAGAGAGAGCCCGACCAUGACCGGGAGAGGGAAAAAGACAACCGUCGAUGGUCGCGCUCACCCAGUGAGGGCCGCGACUGCAUGACGCACAGACAGGGCAGUAGUUCGGUCAGCGAGAGUCCCGUCCCCUCCACCUCGGGCACCAGCACCCCCCGGCGGGGCCGGCGGCAGCUGCCCCAGACCCCCGCCACGCCCCGGCCCCAUGUCAACUAUUCCCCCGUGGUCCGUAAGGCCAUGGGGGGGCCAGCGGCGCCCGGGGGAGCCCAGGCCCGGCCCCCUGCAAACCAUCGUUUCUCCCCGGAGCCCCCCCCCCCCCCCCACCAGGGCCAGGGGCCCCCCCUGCCUGCGGGCCCCCCCUCCGCCCCCCACCAGGGCCGGCACCCGCUGACGCGCUGGGGGGAGACGGCGGGGGGCGACGAGAGCUCCACGGAGGGGGACGGCUUCUACAACCAGGACUACGAGCCCCCCGCGUACGAGACCACCCCUGCUCAGGGAGGCAACCCCCACGCGCUGCCACCCCUGCCCCAGGCCCAGCCCCCGCCGCCACAUAAAGCCCACCCCGUCCCGCCGCCGCAGCCCCACCCCGCCAACAACCCCCACCCCCACCCUCCGGGACACCCCCACCCUCCGGGACACCCCCACCCAAGCCGGCCGUCCCCCAGGACUGUGGCCCCGUGCCAACCGCCCCCCCCCAGCACGCCACCGGUGGGGCCCGGGCCGCCGGUCCCGGCCCAGCGCCGUGUGCCCAAUGGUUUCCGCGCCCCCUCCCCCUCCACGCACCUCCAGGGACCCCCGGCACACACGGUGCCCCACAAGAUCCCCCCACCAGGGGCCCAUCCCCGAGGGCCACGCAAGGGCCUGCACGAACCCUACACCCAGAACGACGACUGGUGCUAGCCCCUGAGGGCUCCGCAGGGCCGGGGCAGGAGGCGGACUAACGUGCUGACAGACGUGCGCCGAGCGAGAGAGACACGGACUGGGGUUCCAGAGCAAGGCAUGAUUCUUUCGUCGCGGUCCGUUUGGUUUUGUGAUGUCACCGUUCUGCUCGGCCCUGCUCCAGCGGAGAACCCAGAUCUGGUAGAGGAGCGCCUCGAGUGAAAUCCUCUUAUUGAGGCAGUGGAACAAAAGCAAAAGGGUGGGUGGGGGGGGGGGGGGGUUAUUCAUUUUUUGAGUGUCCUAAAAAAUAAAGGCUCCUUCUGGCUCCUAGGAGGAGCUCCAGCCACUAAACAAGAUGUCAACGUCGAGUUUCCUCUCAGAGACCCGGCCGGCGACGGGAUACAUCAACCACUUUUCAGUUUGUUUGUUUCUUUUGCUUCUGGAAACCUACUUCUGUUAGUCGCAAACAAAAAAGAAGGAACAAAGGUAAAAUCCCAACCAAUCCCAACUCGAGGGAAUAUUGAUGAGUUUUAUCAUCUGUGUUUACUCCUAAAUAAGGACUGAUCCUGGACAGGGGGAGGGGCCUGGUCACCUGAUCCUGGACAGGGGGCGGGGCCUGGUCACCUGAUCCUGGACAGGGGGAGGGGCCUGGUCACCUGAUCCCGCCUCCCCAGGGAGGGGGAGAGGUGGAUUCAGUCAGGUGGGCACCAUCCCUUGACCCCAGUCCCGUGUGUUUGUCUGUGUGUGUGUGUGUGUGUGUGUGUGUGUGUGUGUGUGUGUGUGUGUGUGUGUGUGUGUGUGUGUGUGUGUGUGUGUGUGUGUGUGUGUGUGUGUGUGUGUGUGUGUAUUUGUGUUGUUGUACACCCAUAAACACGGACAAAAACUGAACAGUUUUUUCUUCUUCCACGACUGCCUACUCCUCCUCUCCUCUUCUCUCAAAACAUCAGAAUCUUGUACUUAUUUGACUUUGUUGCAACCCCACACGCCUUGUUUUUUAGUUCCUUAAAAGACUCACAAAAUGGCGCAUCCUGCAUGAAUGAUUCAAAAAAAUGAAGAAAACAAAAGUGAGAUGGAAGAAAAGUGGAACAAGGAGACGGUACGCACAGAAGAGGGACAGAAGUGUGUGACGUGAAUUGAAUUGUUUAUGUGUGUGUGUGACGUUCCCUCUCAGUCUUUCAAUCUCUGAUCGAAAAUCUCUUUCUGUAUUGUUUGUAUUUUUGGUUAAAUAGGAAAACACAUAGAGUCUCCACUGUGGCAUCUAAUUCACAAACCGGCUCAAAAUGGCUCAGAAGUCUUCCAGGGUUUUGGGGUAAGAACAAAAAGGUAGAGAGAGAAAAAAUAAGAAGAGAAGGAGAUAGAGAAAGAGGGAGAGAGAAAGAGAGAGAAUCUCUUCCUCUUGACCUCCUUUAUAUUUUAUAUGCUUUACUUCUCUUGACGUUGACUGAGAAUGUGACCCACCCCCUCCUCACUUACUCUAACCCCCCCCCCCACACACACACACAAACUUUGUAAUGAGAUGGGAUAGUCUUGUCCCUCUAAAAGGUAGAGCUUGUAUUGUGUUGAGGUUGGGAUGGGCCUCACAUUCAACCAAACAGGGCAUAUGUAGGAUGUACUGUCAAGAUACAUUAUGGUAUUUAUUGGGCUGUUGGUAGAUUGAUCAUUUACUUUCAACGUAAAUUUUUUUUUUAAGAGUUGAGGUCACGGGGUAAGCUGAGGCCGCACUUCCAGCUAUGUCCUGUAGAUAGCGCAAUAUACAAUAUACUUCAUACAAUACGCUCCUGUAACCUAUUAACUUGAGUUUAGGUUAACUGCUCUGGUUGUUAUCCGUAUCAGUUCACUACAAAUACGCUUUAUCUUUUGCUUAAUCAAGUACACAUUGUUUGUGUUUUCUAAUGGCACGAUACAUUACACAGGAUAUUGCAUCCUGUAUAAACAUUGCUUCAUAAAGGAUCAGUUAAUAAAUUAUUUAAUGCCUCUCUUAGUUAGCUGUGCCUGCUACAGUGGCCCACAUAGUCAACUACUCUGACAUUGUGUGUGUGUGUGUGUGUGUGUGUGUGUGUGUGUGUGUGUGUGUGUGUGUGUGUGUGUGUGUGUGUGUGUGUGUGUGUGUGUGUGUGUGUGUGUGUGUGUGUGUGUGUGUGCGGUUCUGUGUGUGUGAGCGUGUGUGUGUGUACACGCGACAGUAAGCUUAUGUAAUUUCCCUUGUGUGUCAACAAGUUUUUCUGAGUGCCUCGGAAAACACUCUUUCACCACUGUCCACUGCAGCCUUCUCUUCCCCCACUGGUUAAACGUAUAGAAAUAUUAUAGAAACUAUUAAACUUCAGGACAAAGUGAAUUCCUUCUCAAUGUGUAGUUUCACUGCGGUUAACUGUAGUAGUCGUAGACAUAGUAGCAGUUUUUUAUACAUUCAUUGACAAAGACCAAAUUGUAUUGAUCAGUUUUGUAUCCAGCCGUCUCCUUGGUGACAAACGACAUGUUGACCAGAGAAUGCACAGAAGAAAUCAACAAAAACUAACAGAACUACCAAGAAACUGGAUAGUAUAGUGUCUUUGCAUUCUCCAGAGGACCAUCAUUGAAGGCUACACUAGGCAUGAGGGAGAAAAACACAAUAUGUAUGUAGCUCAUUUGGUUUGUAUGUAUGUGUGCGUGUGAAUGUGUGUUUAUAUGAACAAUGUGUAUUUUUCCCCAUUAACUUGCAUUACCCAUGUACUACUUAUAGUUGUCUUUUUUUGGAAUGUCACUAUUGUGUGUGUGUGUGUGUGUGUGUGUGUGUGUGUGUGUGUGUGUGUGUGUGUGUGUGUGUGUGUGUGUGUGUGUGUGUGUGUGUGUGUGUGUGUGUGUGUGUGUGUGUGUGUGUGUGCGUGCGUGCGUGUGUGUGUGUUUGUGUGCACGCCACUUAAUGGAGAUGUGUACACGCCCUUACUGUUCACCAUAGAUAGUAUUUCGUGUUCUUCGCCAGCCAGAUACACAUUAAAACAUUAACCACACGAAAAGCAAUGUACAACUCGCUGUUGAAAAAAAGAGUUUUUUUUAACAAAAAAAUAUGAAAAAAUAAAUAACCUAGUUCCAGAAAUGCAUGUGCUAUGUGCAUGCCACACCGUGGGUUAACAGUCAUUUUCAGGACAUAAAAGAGAAAGCAGAAAUAUUGAAUUUAAAUGGAUUAACAAUCAACAAAAAAAUAUAUAGAUAGAUGUUUUUAAAAAAAAGAAAAAGCAACAUGUUUCCCUUUUCCUUCUAUUUUUGAAAACUAACAAGUUUAAUAAAAAAUAAAUCACAAAAAAAGUGUUCAAACGUACGGGAAAAUGUGACGUGUGACUGUGUUGAGGCGUGAAACGAUGAUGUUCGGGGAAGACACCACACAAAAAAUGAACUGCUGUUUUUAAGCAACAAUAAUGACGAUAAUAAUAAAGAAAAGAACGUCCAGUCCAGAUGACGAAAUUGUA